GUUAAAAAAUGUCUUCACUCUUUAGAUCUCACUUCUGAGCUGUUUUAUUGUCUCGUGCAACAAAAACGAAUUAAACAUCACAUGCAUAUUUACUGCCAUUGUUUUUUUUUUUUUUUUAAUUUCCUUAUGAUAAUUUUAUUUAUUACAAUUGUUAAAAAAGUUUUGCUUUUGAUUUUUUUCUUUCUAUAUGAUCGCGUUAAUAUAUAGUACACACAAAUAUGUAUUUUAAAUGCAUAUGAACAAGCUCCUGGGUCCUUAUAGUUUGUGCUCUUUUAAUCAUGCAUUAUAAUCAUUCAUACAUGCAAAAACAAAUUAACGGUGAUAUGCAUGCACAUGACACUAUUUUGUAUGUUUCCGAAGUUUCUUGUGGCUCUCACUCUAAUUGAUCCAUUCACAGAAUGCUAUAUAUAUAACCCAAGGAGGAAUCGUACUACAUUUAAUGGGCCUGAUGUUCAAAUAAUGGGCUUAAUGUCCAGAUAGUGGGCCCAAACGAGCUUCUCAUGUUCACUUAUAAAUCCAACUUCAUAUAUUUUUAGAAAUCUUCCAUUCGAAUCGAAAACACGUACGAGGAAGAGAACGUGAAGCUACUAUAUAUAUGUCUCGAGAGCUCACUGCAUCUCUUGCCGCCAUAGCUUCACAAGCUCUAACAUUCACUCAGUUAAACCAAAUCCAUGCUCAUCUCAUCGUCUCCAAUUCCCUCCAUCGACAAAGCUACUGGGCUUCGCGUUUAAUCAGCUGCUGCACGCGCCUCCGUGCGCCGCCUUACUACGCGCGGCUCGUUUUCGAUUCAGUGACAUUUCCUAAUGUCUUCCUCGUCAAUUCGAUGUUUAGAUACUUCUCUCAGAUGGAUAUGGCGAAUGACGCUCUUCGUCUCUAUGAACAAAGAUCGCGUUGCGGGAUUAUGCCUGACACUUUUUUUUUCCCGGUUGUGAUCAAAUCGGCUGGGAAAUUCGGGGUUUUGUUUCAGGCCCUUGUAGAGAAAAUGGGAAUUUUUAAGGACCCUUAUGUGAGGAAUGUGAUAAUGGAUAUGUAUGCGAAGCAUGAGUCAGUGGAGAGUGCACGUAAAGUGUUCGAUCAAAUUACUCACAGAAAGGGGUCUGAUUGGAAUGUGAUGAUUUCUGGGUAUUGGAAAUAUGGGAACAAGGAGGAAGCUUGUAAAUUGUUUGAUAUGAUGCCGGAGGGUAAAAUUGAUGUGGUUUCUUGGACGGUAAUGAUUACUGGUUUUGCGAAGCUUAAGGAUUUGGAAAAUGCAAGGAGGUGUUUUGAUUGUAUGCCGGAGAAGAGCGUUGUUUCUUGGAAUGCUAUGCUUUCAGGUUAUUCUCAAAAUGGGUUUACAGAGGAAACUCUGAGAUUGUUUAAUGAUAUGUUGAGACUUGGAGUUAGGCCAAAUGAGACCACAUGGGUUAUUGUUAUUUCCGCUUGUUCUUUCCGUGCUGAUCCUUCCCUCGCUCAUUCACUAGUAAAACUGAUUGGUGAGAAGAGAAUCCGUUUGAAUUUCUUUGUGAAGACGGCAUUGCUUGAUAUGCAUGCUAAGUGCAGAGAUAUUUUAUCUGCUAGGAGAAUUUUCAACGAGUUAGGUACGCAGAAGAAUCUUGUCACUUGGAAUGCUAUGAUAUCUGGAUAUACUAGAAUUGGUGAUAUGAGUUCGGCUAGGCAGCUUUUUGAUACAAUGCCUAAGCGAAAUGUUGUUUCUUGGAAUUCGGUGAUAGCUGGGUAUGCUCACAACGGACAACCUGCACUAGCCAUUGAGUUUUUCGAAGAUAUGAUUGAUUAUGGAGAUUCCAAACCGGAUGAAGUAACAAUGAUUAGUGUUCUCUCGGCUUGUGGACACAUGGGUGAUCUAGAAUUGGGUGAUUGCAUUGUAGAUUACAUUGGUAAGAAGCAAAUCAAGCUUAAUGAUUCAGGAUACAGGUCAUUGAUCUUCAUGUAUGCAAGGUGUGGAAACCUGUGGGAAGCAAAACGGGUGUUUGACGAAAUGAAGGAAAGAGAUGUUGUCUCUUAUAACACGUUAUUCUCAGCUUUUGCAGCUAAUGGAGAUGGGGUUAAAACGCUGAAUUUACUCUCAAAGAUGAAAGACGAAGGCAUUGAGCCAGACCGUGUGACUUACACUAGUGUCUUGACGGCUUGCAACCGUGCAGGAUUACUCGAAGAAGGCCAGAGAAUAUUCAAAUCAAUUAGAAAUCCGUCGGCGGAUCAUUAUGCUUGUAUGGAUGAUUUGUUGGGCUGAGUUGGUAAGCAAAGAGAUUGAUUGAGAAAAUGCCAAUAGAUGCACGCUCCUCAAUUUCAGCCUUGACUAGGCGUUUAGGGUGUUACUAGAUUGUCCGUUUCUGGAGCGAAACAAAGUAGAUGGAGAUGGUUUGACAUUCCUUGAUAUCUUAAGAAACCUGGGACAAAACGAAGGUGGUUGGGACUUGGAUUUGGAACAAGUUGUUCUAACAACAGGGUACAAUGAGGCAACGUCUGAUUUUUCGAAAUCACCAAUCACUUUCUGGAGAUACUGCUCCGCGAUCAUGAGAGGGUUAAGGUCUAACAUUUCAGAUGAAGCUCGUGGAGUCUUCCUGGUUGUAUGCACUUUGAUAAUAACAGCCACUUAUCAAACUGCCCUCCAGCCUUGCGAAUGCGGGUUCCGUGGUGAUGCAACAGACUUCUCCACAAGACGCAUUAGUUCUGACACUUCAGACGAAGCUCGAGGAGUCUUCUUGAUUAUUUGCACUUUGCUUAUCACAGCCACUUACCAAACCGCUCUCCCGCCUCCAGGAGGUGUAAACCAAUCCGAUGGUCAUGCGGUGAUGAAACACACAUUCUUCAUCGUCCCAUGGUUUCUAACACUAUAGGCUUCUGCUGCGCGAUAUUCUACACCUUUUGUCUCUUACCAGUUACCAGCUAGAGGUUUGUUGACUCUAUGGUUUGUUUAUAUAGGAGCAUCUCUAUGCGUGUCUUACGCCCUCGCAAUAGCUGUAAUCUCACCACACCCUUUACUGUUUCUGUCUGCAUGCUUUGUCUUGUAUCUUCUUUUUCCCCUCAAAGUUCUGAUGGAAGUUUUCGUAAGGCAAUGGUGCAGUCAUCAGACGGUAGCACCUAAUCCCCGGUUGAGCUGGUUUUGGAAGGUUUAAGACCAACAUUUGAGAGGACUUUGAGAAUGCAAAGAUGCAGCAACCCUUCAACAUAUAUGCCAUGCCCCUUGUGACCAUUUGAUAGUAAGCUUGCUAUAAACAUGUUAGUCAUGUCAUAAUGUUCCAGGAAGAAAAAAAACCAGCUGCAAUAUAGAGAGUGUUUGUGAUAUCUUACACAUAUUCGUUGGUUAUACUUGUUCAACUGUAAUUCAAGUCUUAUAUAAUCCAUUAUAUUCCAAGAUA